CCCCCCCCCCCCCCCCGAGGAGCGGCGCCCGCUGCGGAAGCGCGUGAGGAAGCGCGUGCAGAGGCGGAAGGCCGCGCGCUGGGGCGUCGCCGCGGGAAGCUUCUGAGCGCCGGCGGGGUGCGGGGGCCAUGGUGCAGCUUUACAACUUGCACCCGUUUGGGUCGCAGAGAGUAGUGCCCUGCAAGCAGGAGCCGGCGCAGUUCUGCUGCGGCCACGACGUGCUGUUCGUGGCCAGCGCGGCGGCCAGCUGCGGGGUGGAGGUGUUCGCCGUGCGCCGCGAGGGCCGCUGCGAGCCCUUGGGCUCCUUCGCCACGCUGGGCCCCGUGCUGCGCAUGGCGCACAGCCGCGCAGGAGACUAUUUGGUGACGAUUGAAGAGAAAAGCAAAGCGACUUUCCUAAGAGCGUACGUGAACUGGCGAUGCAUGUCUGCAGGGAGCUCUCGUGUUUGUGUCCGGAUGGUGGGUCACAAGAUGGAGGAGUCAUACACCGAGACCUUAAAAGAACAGAUGUCAAUUGUGGAAAUGGCACUUUCAGAUCCUCCGCUGUGUAUUUCAUGUUGUCCUGUAAGCGGAGAUCUUCUUGUGGGCUGCAAGAACAAGCUAGUCAUGUUCUGUUUGAAAUACCUGGUCAUAAACCAGAAUUUGACGGUAUUAGACUUCGAACGCUCCUUAAUUUUACACAUUGAUAACUUCCUUCCUGCCGAAAUUGCGUUUUGUGCUAGACACAUAGCGAUAACAACAGAACUGGAUGUGCUAAUCCUGAAACUGGACCUGGUCCAGCAAAGUGCUGACAGGGGAGAGCAAUCCACGUGUCAAGUCAGUACAACAGAAACGCCGGUGGAUGGAGGUACAAAAGAUGAAGACCUUGCAAUACAUAGUUUGCAGCUUGAAUUAGAUGAGUUCGUCAUAUGUCCAAAGCCAGUGGAACUGCUUGGGGAAGAAAGUAAGCUUUGUAAGAUACCCAUCACGCUUGAGUCCACAGAGUUAGCUACAGAAGACAAAAAGCACUUUCAAGUGCAGUAUCUCCUUUUCAGGCGUUUUACGCCAGACCAGUCCCCUUUUGGCUUUUGUGAAGAGACGAAGUUGCACUCUGUUCAGUUCCUCCCUGUGUACCAGACAGGGAGUUCUGUGACAGCAAAUGAGGAAACUGAGAGCAAGAGAGAACUUCUGAGUCUCUUCUGCUUUUUUUCUUUGCCUCAUGUUGGAUAUCUCUACUCUGUUGGGAAGUUAGUAGAGCUUAUUUCUACUUACCAGUACUCGGAGAAGUCAGAGCAGGCAGUUCUCACUCCACAGUUCCUGCAUGUCGUUACAAGUGACAGCCUGCAGUGUUUCACAGUGCGGUGCAGUGCAGCAGCGGCUCGUGAUGAAGAUCCAUACGUUGAUACAACUGUGAAGGCUUGUCCACCUGUCACAUUGGAUGUCUGCACAUUACGAAUGCAACUUUUUAUAGGGCCGAGAGCCAUCUGUCAUUACAAAAACAAUAUAAUUCUUCUGACUAAGGCUGAUACUGAAGAUAUUACUGAAAGGCGCAAGUCUUCAAGAAGGAGGCUUUCCAGAAAGGCUGAUAGCAACAAACCCAGAACCAGUUCUGAGUCAGAGCCUGGCUGGAAUUUAUAUAUUAUAAACACUGUUUCAACCAUCCAGCUUUACAGAGAAAUGGUAGAUUAUAGUAGAACUUACGGGAGUGUGAAAACUGAGAGUUGCAUCCAUCUUCUAAGCGAGGCUCACUUACUGGUCAGAGCAGCAUUAAUGGACCCUAGCUUCCUUAAAUCAGAUGAGAAAGAAGAACUUCUGGGAGCGUUCAGAGAAAGCUGUGCCGCCUUAGGAGACUGCUACAGCAGGUUUGACACAAAGGAUUACCACCUCGCGUUGCCAUACUACCGAAUGUCAGGUUUAUCUGUGACUGACGUUUUAGAGCGACUGGUUUCAGAAAGUGAGGAAAUAAGGACAUACGAAAGAGGAUUUAUGUUCUAUUUAACUCACUCUCUUAAUGAAGAGUUAAAUGAAGAAUUAAGCAAGGAAUUGGCAGAUAAAGUUCUCCAAAUAUUCUAUCUUGCUGACCCUGUGCAGCUGCCUCAUAUCAUCUGCAGUCCCUGCAUGAGGAAUGUAUGUCCUCUGACAGCUGUGAAGUAUCUUCGUAAAGUAGAAGAGGUUAUGCCAUCAGUGGUCCUUACGCUCACUAAGGCUUUCAUGGCUCUGAAAAUGGGAGACCUUACAAUGUAUGAACGUGAGAUGAACUCCCACAAGGAGACAGUACUGGCCUGUGGCUUCAUUGGGCAACCAAAACUCCUGAGAGAGUGUAAAGAAGGAAUUGUUAUUCCAACUGAAUUUGCUGUUCACCUGAAGGUGAUGCAACCUGGAUUACUGGUGGCUGCCACUGUGGCUUUGCAUGAGAACAGUAAAAUAGAACUGGAAGAAGCAGAUACGUUUUUCAAGGUGUUGUGUAAUAAUGGUGAAGACACGGUUCCUCAACUUCUGGUAGAUUUCUGGGAAGCUCUUCUUGUAACGUGCUCUCAGGAAGAAGUACUUCAGGAGCUCUUGUUGAGGGUUACUUAUCAGUAUGUUUGGAGGAUAUCUAAGAAGAAACUGCCUGAGACUAAGCCAUUGAAAACAACAGAGGAUCUGAUAAACUCCUGUAAACAUUUUGGGUUCAUUUUCCCAUGGGUUACUUUCAUAAUGUCCGUGGGAUCUCCACUUGAUAAAGAUUGCCAUGAAGAUAUUUCAAAGCUACAGUCUAUUUUAUGUGGUGAAUCGAUAGACAUAACUGCAGCUCUGCCUGUGCUGGAGCCUCUGGCAGAGGCUGGCAAUGUUGGCCUCACCAUCCGUGUUCUGUGUAGUACCCGUCUGGGCAAGUACGAGGAGUCCAUCGACCAGCUCCUCAGGCACUGUCCUGCUGCAGCUGUGUUAUAUGCUCAGCACGAGCUGAAGGACGACAGUCGGGCUGUAUGGUGGAACAAGCUGCUUCCAGAACUAUGUGAGAGAACCAGACUUAGUGGAAGUGACUGUCCUGUUCUUAUUUCAUCACUAAAAGAAACUUUAUCAGUAGUUGCAAUGGAACUGGAACUAAGGGAUUUCCUUAGUCUUCUACCAGAGGAUGGAACUGCAGCAUUUUUCCUGCCACAUCUUCUUCACUGCAGCCAGAGGAAACUGCUGAAGUAGACACAAUGAACGUCUACGCGUUCAGAUACCAAGAAUGUGCUGGAAGAAAAAAGUAAAUGAAGAAGGAGAAAUACGUAAGAAUCAUUAUGAAUCCACCUACACAUAAAUCACCUUCUUGAGUUCAAACCUUAUGACAGUUAUUGAAUGACUGCUGUUAUUUGAGGCGGAGCAUUGCUUUUGAAGCUAGUAGUAUCAUACGUUGACAGAGGUAAGUGAAGAGUUCCUGCAAGGUAGAACUGAGUAAAUGAUGGAGAGUUUAAAAACAGCUAUUGAGCUGGUAAGCAGAGGUAACUCAUGCUCUAAAAGGCCAAAGCAGCUAAAAAAAGUCAGUCACAGUGCACUUGAACAUACUAUGUUUGCUGAAAGUCAAGUCUUAAUUGCAUGCUAACUAGGGUAGGACACUGGUGCAGGGAGGAACUGAAGCCUAGGUGUAACUUUUACUUAUACAAGUGCCUUACACUUCAAAGUAGAAUUGGGCUACUUUAAUUGUUCUGCAGUAAAGACAUUCCCUUGAAUUCCUGCUGGAAAGACUGGUUACCUGUUCUGCCAUCUUUGACACUUACUCAUCAAGUGUCACACUGGAAAAUGCUUUCAUUUAGCAUUGAAGAGGCAGAAAUGUUCCUAAGUGGGGUGGAAGAUACAGACUACUUUAUUCUCAGUGUUUAUGAUGUUUUCUUUCCUCUGCUGUGCUCAGCUGGUACUGAGUAUUUGAAGUAGCAGUAGGUCAUAAAUCUAGCUGAAAACUCUGUUUCUUCCAAGACUCUUGGAACUGUCUCCUGUGUCUGUGCACGUAUAUACUGAUAUUUGUCUUUCUUUUGGGCAAAAUAGUUCCCUGUGUUCUUCCAGCUGGAAUUUCAUCAUAAUAAACUUGCACAAUCUUUGACCUUGUUAUUAACUAUUAAUGGUUUUUUUUUUUGGACUCUGUGAUUGCAUAAACAUUCAAAGGCCUCAUUAGUGGACAUUGACUCUGUCAAACUGAAUUUCACUGCAGCUGUAACAUUUCUACCUGAUCUCUAGGGAUUUCAGUAGUGAUCAUCUACAUCCCAAAUGAAACAUCAACAAAACAAAGAAUACAUGAAAGUUCUUUUUAAAGUUGCAUUAACUUCGUAGAAGAAAGAGAUGUCAAAAUUCUUCAGGAUUCAGGUUCUUUUUUGCAGGUAUUAAAUUAGCCAUUAAACAAAAAUCUAACUCAGUGGAACAGUAACCUCAUGGGCCAUAUCUUCAACGUGAAAACAUUCUUCUUAAGCUGACAAGUCCUAUAAGGCGUGAGAGAAAACCACUACAGACAGACGGGUUUGGUGGCAUUUGAGAGAAUGCUGAGUGCUUUGACUGGGAGAGAAUUCAGAUGGCAAGAAGUCAUCCAACAACUUGCAUACAGAAAAAUAAAGCCUUUGGUGACUUCUGUGGUUUUGGAAUGUA